AGCCAACGAACCGAGCAGACAGCCAACCAACUCAGCUGCUGUAGCGUAGCCGCGCUUGCCAUUUGAUUUUGACUUUGAGCAGUGAAAGAGGUUUACUUGUGAAAGCUUUUCUAUUUCAAUUGUGUUUCAACACUCGUAGUAAACGGUUGUGCGAGUUAUUGCACCGCUAAUGCAAUAUUCUGACCAAAAAGUUAAAAAACAAAAAUGCUAUGAAUAAAUAAAUAAAAUAAAAACGGCAAAACCAAAAACCGUACAGAUUUCAACCGAAAACAAAUAGAGAAAUAAAUUAAAUGGAACGCAGUAAAUAGAACCAAGAGCAGUGGCAAGAAGAAUCUCCAAAUCAAGUCACGCAAAGCGACACAAUGGGCGCGCAGUGAAUCUCUUAGACUUAACUACUUGUGGAAUACUUGCGUACAUACAUAUAUACAAUAUAACGGUUCAAAUUGUUGCGUUGCGCGCUACAUUGUGUUUGAGGAUUACAAAAUGAAAUAAACACGGUUAAUUUUAAAAUAAUAGCAAUUUUAAAUAAAGCUAUCAUCUUUAAUGCAAAUGGAUUAUUUAAACAAAAACAAAAAAAAAUUAAAGUUCUGAUGUGCUUAACAAAAAACUUGAUUCAAAAGAAUUUAAACUGAUUAUUAAAUAAGAACAAGAGAGAGAGAGUUAAAACUUAUAAUUUUAAAACAAUUUUACAAUUUUAACAACACUAUGAACAGAUAAACUCAAAUUAUAUAAAAAAAAAUUAAAAAAGAAACUUAAUUUUUUUGAAAAACAUUAACAGUUAUAAUAACAACAAUAUACAGUACGUUAUAAAAUAAACUAAUUAAAAAUGUCUAUUGUCUGCACAUUGGAGCCUAAAGUGAAUUUAUUCAAAAAUUCUUCAGCUAAAAAUGUGCUUGUUUUGAAAAAUAAUAAUGCACUAAAAACCACAUCACAACCAACCACACAAACAUCAUCCGCAGCAGCAGCCAGUAGCAAUAUUGGAUCAGUGGAUCCGGUUAAAAGUUAUAAUAAUAACAUUUACGCUAAGGAGAGAAAUGCAACAUAUAAGUCAAACAACAACAACAACAAUAUUUCUAACAAAAAUACUGAUAUUUACAAUAACAACAAUCUCAACCAACAACAAUUAGAGUUGCUACAACAACAGUACAAUAAAAGGAAUACCGUCGCUGAGCUGAUUGCUCGCCAACAGCAGCAGCAACAGCAACUACAACAACAUCACCAGCAGCAGCAACAACAACAACAGCAUAUAUCCAAAGAUAUCGCCGUCGCCAUCAAUGGUGAGGUUAUAAACAACGGAAAUUUCAUUACUGAUAUGCCGGAAAUCCUUAGUGUUGCUGCGCUAAAUACUAACCAUCAGAAAAGUCUCAACAACAACAACAACAACAACAACAACAACAAUAUUAGCUCCUCACCCAUAACAGGUUCAAAUACAAAAUCAUCAACCACAAUGCAUAACGUACGCUUACCGUCCAUUUCGCCGACACUUUCGUUGAACGGCAGCUCAAAUGAUGCCAAUAACGUACAUGCCUACUCCAUGUAUGGCCCCAUAAGUCCACAAUCUAGUGAUAGUGGCCACAGUUUACCCGACAACAUGUCUCAUGGAAAUGGCAAACAGUAUCGUAAUAGUUUCAGCGGCUCGAAUAGCUCAUUCGAUUCACACAACAUGUCCAAAUCAUCAUCACAACAGUCGCAAUCGCAUAAAGAUCUCUUCACACAACGCAAGCAACGUGAGUUUACACCCGAUAGCAAGAAGGAUGAUAGCUAUUGGGAUCGUCGUCGUCGCAAUAAUGAAGCUGCCAAGCGUAGUCGUGAGAAGCGGCGCUACAACGAUAUGGUUUUAGAGCAACGCGUUGUUGAGCUAACUAAAGAGAAUCACGUUUUGAAGGCACAGUUAGACGCUAUUAAGGACAAAUUUAAUAUAUCCGGUGAAAAUUUGGUGAGCGUUGAACAGAUAUUGGCCUCAUUGCCAACCAGUGAACAAGUAUUGAGUAUUACCAAACGUGCCAAGAUGACAAUAAAUGGCAAUUUCAAUGGCGCCACUACCGCGGUGCCCACAUCUAUUGUUUACGGUAUACCUGCACACACAACAAACACAAAUGGCACGGUCGGCAUACCGAAUGCCACACCCAUAGGCGCACAAACUCCCACCUCCAGCGGUAUACUCACACCACAAAAAUCGAACACCAUGAAUCAGGUGAACAUCAAUGAUUCGAAUAGUGGCGCACUGAAUGGCGAUAACGGUUUGUUGUGCAAAAGUACACAGCAAUCCUUGCAGCAGGUCAUCAAGAAUGUAAAUCACACAAGUAUGGCCAAUACAUUAUCACACACGCAUGCGCUAACAAGUGUCGCACACAUGCAAAUGUCCACCUCGCCAGUACACCUCAGCGCAGAGCAUUACGCGCCACCACCACCACCAUCAUCCACCCUGCCAACAAUUAACUCUAACUACGCCGCUGAGUUGAAUAGAGCCAACAAUAACAAUAAUGGCGUUUUAAGUAACGGCAGUCCCAACGCCAAUGCGCCAACGCAUUUGGAGAAUGCACGUCACAUGCCGACUGCAGUGUCAUCACAACAACCGCCGCCGCCGCCACCACCGUCCAAUCUACAAAACUUACACGUUUUACAAGCACUCAAUCGCAAUGUCAACUGCGAUGAUCUCGAUAAUUUGCGCAAAGUUGUUGCUGUUGUGGGUGCUGCUAUAACGACUAACGGCACAGCCGAGCCAGCUGACUCGCCGCUAUAUAGCGCACCUGUAACGGCACCACUCUACGUGCCACCACAUCCCGCCAGUAUAUACGCCUAUAGCACAAAGGAUCCAGUGUCGGUGUCCAGUCAAAACCUAGAGAAUGGCUAUCAUACAAAAUCGCCCGAAGCCAGCAAUGUGAGUUCAAGCGCUGCAGAUGCAGUCUCCUCAUCCUCUAUAACCGGUAAUGGUAGCAACUGUUCAAAUGUCGGCAAUAACGUGCUCAACUUAUCGCGUCGUGCCUGCUCGCCGGCAUAUGAAAAUAUGCUCUCAUCCACUAUCUCCUCGUCGGCCUCCUCAUCGGGCGUCAUCUCUGGCGACGAUGAACACGAACAAGAUGGUGUUGAUGAUAUUGAGCAUAAUAAUGUUGUGAGCAUCAGUACUACCAGUCCCAGCAGCACAGAUUCCAACAAUUGUCUACCACUCAAGUUGCGGCACAAGUCACAUUUGGGUGACAAGGAUGCGGCAGCCACAGCAUUGCUCGCACUGCAACACAUCAAACAGGAGCCGGUGAGCAAUCGUGCAUCACCGCCAGGUUGGGCUGAUAAUGGGGACAAUUCGAGCGAUGAACGUGAUUCGGGCAUUUCAAUCGGUAGUGCCGAGUGGACAGCGCAAUUUCAACGUAAAGCUGAUAAGACCAAUUGUGGUAAUAAUAGUUCAAUUGUGGGCGUGUCACCGUCAGAGCGUGAGCAUAUACUUAAGUCGCAUUUGGCACGACUGGAAUCGGAGGUGGCAAAUAUUAAGAAUAUGAUGAUCCUUUCCGUUGAUCAGAUAAAUACGCCAGCCGAUUUGAAAAUCUAAGUCGACUACAAUGAAAGUGUGUUAGAGAGAGAGAGAGAAAGAGAGUGAGAGAGAGAGAGAGAGGGAGAGAGAAAGAGAGAAAGAGAGAGAAAGAGAGAGAGAAAGGAAAAGUUCGAUGGCAAAGUGUAUAUCAAAUGUCGACGUAGUAAAUUAACGGAGAGAGAGUAGAGACAGCGUUAUCUUUUUAUACAUUUUAUGGGGUUUGCGUUGAGCGCGUAGGCGCGAUUUGAUAAAUUUAAUUUAAUUGAAUAAAAUUAUGUAUUAAGUAUGUGAAUAUUUGUUUUGUAUGUUGUGUAAAAAAAAAUAAUUCUCAUAAAAAUUUAAAUUUCUUAAAAAAUAUAUUUACGCAAAAGCAUUGUGGAAAAAAGAAAUUUGUAUUACAUUAAAAUUAAAGAAAUAAAAUAUAGUAAUAUUAGUAGUAAUAUAUAUUAAUUGCUGUAUACGCGUUAAAAAGCUUAUCCGAAAGGCAUUUGCUCUGCUGUUUAGAUUAAAAUCUGUUAAACACAAUUUUUGAUCGAAAUUUAAGAUCACACAUUUCAAAUUUUUUUUUCAACUUUAAAUUAAAAAAAAAUUAUAAUUUCACUUUACAUGCUGCUUUCAAUUAGAAAGUAACCUCUGUAUAGAAAAUAGUUUAUAUCUCUGUAGAAUAUGUUGUAACUAUUAAAAAGCUUAAAAUAAUCAUAAACAAGUUGCAGCUAUUCAGUAACUAAUAUUUUAUACAAUAUAUACAUAACUGUUUUUGAAAAAAUCAAACAAACUUUGUUGGUGGUAAACUAAAGUAAAACUUUUCUAAUUUUUCAGAGUUUGAGAUCUCUUUUCAAAUAGCUGUACAUAUAUAGCGUACGUUAAUAUUUUAAAUAAUUUUAUAGAUAGCUUGCCACCUGAUAUAUUUGUGUAUGUAUAUUAUUAGCAACUGUAUUAAAAUACCAAUGUAUUAAAGGAAAAUAUAAUAUAUAAGCAAAACAAAACAAAAACAAAAAAAUAUGUUACAUAAAUAAAAAAUCACAUUUAUGAAUUUAAAUUUAAUUAAAAAAUUUAAUUAAAUAAAAAAAACAGAAUUUUAUAAAACAUAAUAAUAUGGCAAGUACUACAUUUAAAAGUGCUUCAUUACACAAAUUAAAUUUAUAUACAUAUAUACAUGCGUAUAUGUUAUUUAUGUUUAAUUUUAAUCGUACUGUAACAAAAAAGUUUCAAAUUUAACACAAUAAACACCUACAUACAUUACAUACUACCACCUGUGAUUUCAGUAAACAUAAAACAUUCGCAAGUGGAUAUAAAUAAUGAAUAGAAAAACAAAAAGAAAAUGAUAGAAGAAAACUGUACAAGUUGUGGAAUAUAUAUAUAUAUAUAUGCAUACAUGUUUAAAUAUGCUAGAUACAUAUUAAAAGUUUUUUAAAAUAUAAUAUAAAACAGCGUUAACUGUUCAUAGUUCCAUUUACAUAUUUAUUUAUCCUACUAUACUAUUGAAUAUGUAAAGAAGUUUUAUAUAAUAAUAGUUAUAAUUAUUACUGCAAUACGUACGUUUGUUAAUCACUAUUUUAAACUACAUAAAUACAUACAAAUAUUUAUUUAUGAGUUAUUAUUUUAUUGUAAAU